AAGCUUAGAGGCAUUGAUGGAACAACCGCGUGACAAGACUUCUCAAGAACAAGCCCGUGAAUCUCUCAUCGAAAUCUCUUACACUUCACCUGAGGAAGAGGAGUAUAUAAUAACGUCCUCAGAUGUGAAACCUGUCAUCAGUAGUAUUACCGCAAACGGAGCCACAAAAGGAGGAAGCACCGAUGAUGCGGACAAGCUUAGAGCUGAGCUGAUCUCCAUUUCUUAUGACGAGUCACCUUCACCUUCACCUUCACCGGAUGUAGCUGUUUCGCCGACCCUGCCCAACGGUUUCUGUCGUGGAUAGGAUUCAAAAUGUACAGCUCUGAGUCUUACUUGUUAUGCAUAAGACUUUGGUUUGGACGAAAAUUAGACCAUUGUUAUAUCUUUAACGUUUCUCCUAAACUAUAUAUGUUGCAAAAUCAAUGGAAGUUGUCUUUUUUA